AGUCGAGUUCUACCAGGUAUUUUAAUGCAGCAUGGAUUACGAGUAACAUGUGAAAUGACCAUCAAUUUUAAAACAACUUUACAGAAAUCAUUCCGAUCUUCAGCUUUCUUGUUAAACAGUUCACGUGCUAUAUCAGCUGCUCAGACUGACGAACGGUUCCGUAGAAUUAUGCCCCUUGCAUUGUUCCAUGCUCUGUUGGUCCAUCAGAGUUACUAUGGCGACCAUGCUUUCAAUAAUUACCAUAAUUGGGAUUUAGCUGACUUGUCUGCAGCAGCAGAUAUAUUUAAACCUCUAUAUCUGAAGAACUGUGAUCCAAUCAAAUCAUCUAAAAUGAUCAGUCAGGUUUAUUCAGAUCAUUGUACAACCAUGAACGAUCGAGACGUUGUUGAAGCCAUUGGAACUGAGCUAUUGAAAAUAUCUUUAGAGGGACCAGAAUAUUAUCAGAGUGAAGAAUUAAGUAAUCCGGGAGUUGCCUCCCUUCUUCAGAAGUUAUUGAAGACAAAUGAAAGUUCUGUAACCAAUAAAGAUAAAACUAAUUUACAACGAUCUCUGGAUUCCCUGGAGGAUGUUUCAGCUCGGACAUUCUGUCUCUCUGACGUGGCAGAACAAUGUGUAAUAGCCAGUAAAAGCAGAAUUUUAUGUACUGAUAUGGUUCAUGUGACCGGAGCACCUGAACUCUUCAUGAAACAAAAUACCCUUUUUUCGUCCCACCAAAAUCUUGAGACAUUAAUUCCACAACUUUUCGACAUUCUGCAAGAUCUACCACGACUUCCUCUCACAAGUAAAGACGAGAUUAAUCCAAUGGAUAUCUACUUCCACUAUGAGGUUGUAGGUUACAAAACAUUGAUCAAGCAAAUGACCGCUGAGUUGAACUUGAUUUUGAGAGAGGUCAAAGGUGAAAUCGUAGUAUCGAAGGAUCUAUUUGAUGUGAAAAAUUCUCUGUCAAAUGAUGAAGUUCCCAAAUCGUGGUUGAAAGAUUUCUGUCCGUCUGGGCUGGGUUUGAGAGUUUUUGUGAAAGAAAUGAACCUCAAGAUGAAGAUGUUGAAGACAUAUUUAGACAAACUACCACCAAGUGUGAAUUUAUCUGUAUUCCUACGCCCAGAUAGAUUUAUGGAUGUUGUGCUUCAACAUCAUGCCAGGAAAUAUUUUAAACAAGUUACUGAUUUAAAAGUUGACAUACAGGUAAUGCCAUCAGGGUACGAAGCCAGCAAGGCACCAAAGACAGGAGUGUUUUUAACUGGUCUCACUAUUCAGAACGCACUCUGGGAUACCUCACGAUCCAUCUUGACAGAAAACUUCCCAGGAAAUCCUGAUAGUCAAGAAAUGCCGCUUGUUUGGAUAAACCCAGUUAACAAAUCAGAACAUUCAAUGGAUGUUAAAAAUGACGUUUUCAAUUGUCCAUUAUCUUGUAGUUGUGAUCAAGCAAUGCUCCGUGAUGAAAAUAUCAUUUACCAUCUGCCAUUACCGUCCUUACAGUCGUCACAAAUAUGGCAACAGAAACACAUCUUUAUUUCAUCAAGUUUAUCAAAUGGUUAAAGCCUCGUUGAUUGUCAUUUGCAUUUUUUUUUAUGUUAAAAUCUAAUAUUUUAUGGCUUAAUCCACUCUAAACUGAUUAUUUAACAUUUAAGUACGAGAACAAAAACAAAAUAUUAAACAUAGAUAAUCUCUCGGCUUGGAUUCCAUUGGAUUAGAAAGUGACCCAUGAAAAGACUCUACCCCUACCCAGCACCGAUUGCUUAAAGAGAAUGCUAAGUGUUGGGAAAUUUAGAAUGGAGAUACAACUUUUAUAAUAUUUUAAUUUGAAAGGGAUGCAAAGUCCAUCAAAUGACAAUCAGCAGAAAUAGUUAACUGUAGCUAUACACAUUGCUUGGUAUUGAUUUAUCAUCUUAUGCAGGUGUGGUCAACUCCAAAAUGCGGCUGUGUUUUCAUGAACCAGUCACUGGAGGUCUGAGGAGCUUACUGGCUAAUUUUUUUUAGGCCAUUAAUAAGUUUAUUUUAGAUGAUUUUUUACACUAAUUCUGUGAUCUGACCAGUUUUCCGUCCUGUCUAUUUUAUAUAUGUUAUUGCUCUUGACAGCAUUAUUGUAAAUAUUUCACUAUGUUAUUUAAUUAACCAAAUUGCUAAUUGAAAUUACCAAAUAGAUUCCAUUAUUUUAAUUUAAAUGUAGAUUAUUUCUCUAUUUGAGUAUUAUUUGAAAAUUGAAAAAAUAUGGAAAUUAAAUCAACUAUAUAUAAUUAGAAAGUAAUGUGUAAAAAUGUAAAUAUUGCAAUGGUUAAUGAAUUUACAACAUUUUCAGCAUUCCUAGAAUUUUAAAAUGUGAUAGAGUGAUUCUUCAUCUAUUUCUAACUGUGAUAUUUAACUUAAAUGUGUUUUUGUAUUUUGUGUGUUGGGGAUUUUAAAAGAAUAUUAAUAAUCUGAACAGUUAUUAUAAGUUAACAAAUACCCUCUUGUUCAAAAGAAACUUGUUUAUAUUUAACUGUAUGUGUAGAAAUCAUCCAGCCUGGAUAACCUGUCCUACCUUUAAGUUCCGUCAGACUACCUGUAUAAUGGAGAGAAUUCUAUUAAUAUGGCAUUAAAUGCAAGAAAUUAUAUGGUGACUUUAUUUUAGUUGUCACCAGCGAUUACUUACCAUGUUAUUAAUUAUUGAAGGAAUGUUAUAAUAUUAAUUAGUAAGGUUAUCCAGUCAUGAGAUCAAUGAAUGUUAGGCAGUCAGUCUUGAGAUCACCAAGUCUCUUUUGAACAGGGGGUGCUGUAGUCUAAUGGUUGACAAAAAAUGAAAGCAAUCAAGAAUUCCAACUGGCAUGCUAUCAUAGGCACCUUUUGAUAUAAAUUUCCAAAUAAAUGAGUCAAAUUUUCUACAUGAAACACUAAUAGUUAAAAUUACUGUUUAAAAAGCUUAGCAUGCUGACGCUUUCAUUGAAUAAAAUUUUCUAGAUCAGUCUUUAAAAUGCCUGGUAGGCUAUCAUAUAUCAUAGGCGUCAUUGGAUACAGACCUCCAAAUAAAUUAGUUGAAUUUCUACAUGAAACAUCAGUUAAAAUCAGUGUUUAAAAUGGUGUGAUGACCAUGCCAGGAAGUACCAUAUGUAUUAAAGAACAGCUUAGAGCACCUGUAGACUAGAUCAUUUAUUAUUAUAACUAUAAAUACAAAUAAUUAUAUGACACAUUAUUUAUUUUCUUCUCAAUAUUAUUUACAUUUUAUUUACGUAUAUAUUUCCUGAAGCUUUUGAGUGUCUUAUAUAAUGUGUUUUACUGUUAUAUAUUAGCCCCAGAUUUGAAACCAUUUCAGCAUUCCAGUAAACUUAACUUUUUAUUAAUAUUUUUAGAGUGAUGCCAAAAUGAUAAGCAGAGUUUUUUUUACUAAAUUAUUUGUAAAUAAUAUAAUUUAUAUAUUUAACUAAUUAUUAUACUAUUUGUUAAUGUUUGAUAAAUAUAAGUA